AUCGCGACGUUUUCGUGUUGUUAUAAAAUUCUCUGGAACAAAGUGCAGCUCAUAACGUGAAAGAGAGCAGUUUGAGGAAAUUGUUUCUGCAACAUUUCUUACAAGAACAAAAGAGGGAGAUCAAAGUGUGGUACCAUAAUUUGGAGCAUUCGAACAGCCGGGAUCUUCAUCAGGAUUGUAGUCACGGUCAAGGAAAGCAAUACUCUGCUCUACGUAUUAUAAAGAAGUUGUAAAUACAGCUGUGUCUUCAUUAGAAUUCUGGUCUUCAAGCAUGAAGUGUCGGUAACGCCAAUUGUGUUCCUUUAUUUGGCUACGCAUGCAUUGGACAGAGAUUUGUAGAUCAGUUGGAUCAAUAUGGAUUGCAUAUGCGUGAAAAAGAAGCAUAAGAGGCGAAGAGAUCCGAAAAAACAACGACCCAUUUCCCCCCAUGUCUCUCCCGCUCACAGUCAACCCUCCACUCUGGGUCAUGUGUCAGACCCGAGACUUCCAAAGGGCAUCCAUAUGUUUCCGCUAGGCCUGUUUAUGGAAGUCAUAACAAUGUCUAUUUCACUUCUGUCAGUCAGCCGCCACGGAUACCAAUGUCCGUCCAGAGAGUGCCUGUCCAUGGGGCUCAGCGCAUCUACCACAGUCAGCAACUGGCCCCUGUGUUUGAAGUCCCAGCCACUACUAACAUGGAGAUUUAUGACGUUUACCAGUUUGCAGGAGGAUCGCGUUCUAAGCUGUUGGAGACCAAACACACCCCGUACUACCACAACAGCGAGUUCACUACCCACAGACGACCAGAACGCUCCAAGAGCGACGCUCAGGAAAGCCGGUCCCGCCGACCGGAAGUGAGGAAAGAUUCCAGCCGGAAGUACCGGUCCCCGUCCAACGACAGCAGGCAGAACCAAAUGCGAUCUUCCUCCCGGGAGAACUCUAUCCGCUCCAGUGUGAUGGGCGAGCAGCGGGUAACUCGCACCGUGGAUUCGCCAGAAAGACCCCGGCUAGUCACUACAGUGUCCGAGCAAGACAUGCCUAGUGUACACGUCAACCGAGCUUUCUCUCCAGACACCGGGGAAAUCGUUCGCGGCUCCUCGACCAGAACCAGAUCUUCCACAAACGCGACUGACCGUUCGGUGACGGCUUCUGUGUCGUCUGGGAAGACGUCCCAGGCCCCUCUGGCUAACGGCUCGCCUGGGAUGGUGUCGGCUACCGUGAUUUCUGGGAACAACAGCAGCAGGAGUGGCGGGAGUGACCGCGGCCUCUCAACGUCUGCGACCGACAGUAUGAAGCUGCUGGCUAAGAACAAAACGGAUGACCAGAAGACGAGUGUUCCGGGUAUGGUUUCAGUCAGGGUGGAGAAAAAUGGCCCAGUUCCAGCAACUUCGUCGACUCAGGAGAAUAAGAAUGCCGACCCAAGUCAUUACAUCAACAAAGAGGAUGUCUACUCUAUUCCACAUAAAGCGAAAGUAUUGGCUGAAGAUGAAGAGGAUGACAAUCCAAUUAUCACUCGUAUGAAGGAAAUGGUGAUAGAAAAGUCGCGAUCGAGCAGUAACCCUUCAUCUCCCAGAGACGUCCCACCCACCAUGAGUAACCAAAUAGCCACACUUAAUUCUUCCCACGAGAAAGAAGGCCACGUAAUACAAGAAAUCACGACAGUCACAAAAGUGACCAGAUCUGAGGUCAUCGAGUCUGUGGUAUCAGACGAUAAGAACUCUUCCUCCGUUAAUAAUAAACCACCUAAUUCAGGAACGAAUGUUUUCGAUGGUUUUGUUCUCCCAGAACUCGACGAACUAGAGAAAAAGUCCAGUAAUGAGGAUGGUAUACCGAGAAGAGUUUCUGUGAAAGAAGACAAACCUCUAACAAACACAGAGAGUCUUUCUGUAAACGUAUCGAGGGAUGAAGUCAAAGACAAAAGCCCUAGUCCCGAUGUCAGUCGAGUCAAAGAACCGUUGUCACCCCGCCUGAGUUCUGAUGGAGAAGGCACCCACGAAGACCUCAGUAAAGCUGGCAAACGCAUUGCUGAGUCCGCUUUCAACUUCCUAGACAAGUACCUGUCUGAUGACGAUGGUACUGAGAGCCACAUAGAUAGCCCACCUAUGUCUCCUGGUGGUUUGAGAGCUCAAGGUGUUGUAGACUGAUGACUACCAUAGAGCUGUAGCUUUCCCAUUUUCGACAAAGUUUGAAGCAAAGAAAGUUCUGCACUCACUUCAGGCUGAAGGCAGAAACUCCAAGUUUAUGGGCUGACUUAGAGGGAAGUCACCUCUUGAAGGAGAAUGACUGAAAGAAAGCGGGCUGGGAAUUUUUGAACCAGUCACAGAUUGGGGCAUCUGCCCACCUUUGCUUGUACCGACUGGGCUUGUGAACCACUUGUCAUUUGUUUCAUAAUGGCUAUUUAGACAUUCCAAGUUGUCCAGUUUGAAUUUUCGUUAAAAGCAAUAGACUUAUAUAAAUAGAACUGAUGCAACGGAGACAUUAGAAAUAUAUUUUUUUUUAAUGUGCAAAUUUCAAUAAGACCCAUCAAGCAAUUGAGUCUGUGAAAUUGAGGUGUUCUUUUUCCAGGGAUACGUGAGGCUGUUGCUGUUAAAUUAUUUGGGUUUUGAUAAUGUCCAUAUAAUUAUUAUUAGGAUGCUAAUGCUUUACAACAUUUGAGUCAUUUUGGAAAGUUCCUCACAGACUAAGAUGACCAAAUUUUAAUUCUCCAAUUUUUCCAUAAUUUUGCAGAAAGGUGGAUGAGUUUAUUAGGUUGUUAAUUAUCCCCAUGAAAACAGACCAAAUGUUAUUACCCUUUCAGUUAACUUUUUGCUUUUCAUAGACUGAGUCUUAACAACAUUUAUAGUACAGGGAGCAAACCAAAAGCAUUAUUUGAAUGUCUGUGAUUUUUUAAUCCAGAAUGUAGUAUGAGUACACUUAUGUUCCAUUUUCACUAUGAAAUGACGUCAUUAGACUUCAAACAACAGGGUCAAAAGAUAAGUCUUACGUGCUUUAAAGCCACGAUUACAGAUUUGAAAUGUGUCAUCAAAACACAAGUGUCUUCUCUGUUUUCUUAAGAUUCUAAAUUUUUUGGUCUUUACUGGUUGAAAGACGGGUUUCGCAUGUUUUCUCAAUGCUUGUCUAGUGUGAUCAGGCAUAAGUCAAUGUGAUUUAGGAACAAGGGACUAUUAUGAAGGGUGCGUUCAGGCAUAAAUUAUACAGUAAGUCAUUUUCAUCAGCAUCGGUUCACUUACUUUUUUACCCAUCCUCAUAUAUAUAUUAUAAUACUAUUGAUGUCACCACUGACAUUUUAAAGGAUUUUUAGGGUAUUAAAAAUAGAUGAGGGGACCAUAUUGAUUUAUUGUAAAAACUUUGGCAAAAA